GCUCUAUUUCUCCAAAUCUCAUCGUCUUCGCUUACUACAGGGGAGCGUCCGGCCGUCCGCGUCUCGCAGACCGCCGCCGAUCUCGUUUCUCCUGCCGCUCUUGGUCGUACUGCUUCGAACCCUAGCCGCUGGAGAAUCAGAUCAGAAAGGGACUUGGCGGUGGAGCAUAAAAUCGGAGCCUCGCCCACAGUGGUGCUACUGCUGGGCAUCAAAUCGGAAGUGGGCAGCCCAGCGCCCGGGCAUGGCGUGGGCGCGGUCGCCGGUCCGGUCGACACUCACACAGAAGCAUGGCCCAACUCCGGUCUCCAGCAAGGUGGUAUACACACUUGGAUAAUGGCCUUAGGUGUGAAUAUUGACCAGCUCCGCCACUCCUCCAUCUCUUAUCUUGCAGGAAUCCCACUAAGUAUACUUCCACCAUCAAUUUUAGUGAAGAAUUGAUUGUCUCCAAGCUGUUCUGAUUCACCAUGCCACAGUCAUCCGCAGAAAAAAUGCCGUCAGUUUAUCUGUACAUCCCUAACAUCAUUGGGUAUUUCAGGAUCAUCAUAAAUUUCAUUGCGUUUGCUGUUUGCUAUUCCAACAGGCUCCUCUUUGCUAUGCUGUACUUCUUCAGUUUUGUCCUGGAUGGCGUGGAUGGUUGGUUUGCACGGAAGUUUAAUCAAGCAUCUACAUUCGGAGCUGUGUUGGACAUGGUUACAGAUAGGGUUAGCACUGCUUGUUUGUUGGCCCUUCUCUCACAGUGUUACAGACCUGGUUUAGUUUUCUUGAUGCUGCUUGGGUUGGAUAUUACAAGCCACUGGUUUCAAAUGUACAGUUCUUUCCUGUCAGGUAAGACUAGCCACAAGGAUGUAAAGAACACAGGCAAUUGGCUUCUGAAAUUAUAUUAUGGGUAUAGGCCAUUUAUGGCAUUCUGUUGUGUUUCUUGUGAGGUUUUAUAUAUUAUCCUCUUUCUCUUUGCUGAUGAGAAAUCGACAAGCUUGCUUGGUACAUGCAGAGGUGUCCUGAAGCAAGGUCCCCUCACUCUCUUGGUGUUUAUUUCAACUCUAGUUGGUUGGGCAGUGAAACAAGUUACCAACAUCAUCCAGAUGAAAACAGCUAUGGAUACGUGUGUCGAGUUUGAUCCGAAGCGCAGCAAGUGAAGCUGGAAGGCCCGUUUUUGUUUUAUAUUUGACAUAUCCAAGGAAACACUCCAUGUGAGGCAUGUACACCAAUGUUCAUACAUAUAGCACCUGCUUCAUUUUUGUGAUGGCGCUGGUCUGUAGGACCAGACAGCAGCAUGCUGGUGGCUCUCCCUCAAAAAAACAAUAUGCUGUGGGAAGAACAGCAUAAAAAAACAGGAGAUAAGUGUGUGUUCACGAUCUUUGUUAUCUUGACUAGAGUAGCCUUUUUGAGCAUAUCUGAACAAUUUUCAUGUCCCAUUGAAAUCCUACUCCACUCAAGGAUGAUUUUAGUAUUGUAAACAUUGCAUGUACUUGAGUUGAAGACUUCCCCAGUUUUGUGUUAAACAUUUUGAGUCAA